UAAUGUCAAAGAAAACUUUUAAGAAAUCUGAAGGUACAUCUCUUGUAUCUAUUAUUGGUGAUGAAGUACUCAAAUAUUAUUUAUUUUUUAAGGAUACUGUUACAGGAUUUCUAUUAACAGGCAUUGGAGAAAAAAAUAUUAAAGGAGAAACUAAUUUUUUGGUUGUAGAUUCAAGUAUUUAUAAUCAUUAUUUCUCGAAACCGAUCCUAAAUUGAUUGAAACUACUUUUUAGAAUUUCUUGAAGCAUCCUAAUAUAGCAGUCAUCCUUGUUACAUAAUUCGUUGCUGAAAAUUAUCUUAGACAUAUUAUUAAUUAAUAUGAUUCCAUUUUACCUACAAUUCUUGAAAUUCCUAGCAAAGAAUAUCCAUAUGAAGCAAAGAAAGUAUUAAAUCAGAUUAUAAUAUCAGGAUACAAUUAUUCAAAGAGCUCAUAGAUUAUUGUAUGGUACAGAUAUUUAGUGA